UUGAUCCACAAGCUAGCUUUGUUGGAUGAUAAAAAACUGAUCAAUCUUAUCCCGAACACCCAGCUUAGCUGAGUCACAAGUGCCGCCUCUAACGUGUCAAUAUUGUCAUUCUUGACAACACGUGUUGAAAUCUAGCUAGUUGCAUCCAUGCAGACAUUUCUAGCUUCCACCGCUAUCCUUCUCUAGUUCUCUUGCUUAAACUUGCUUAUAUACUUGUUUCUUAGUAUAGGAAAUUAAGAUGGCUGAUUUAAGAGAUGAGCAUGGCAAUCCAAUUCAACUCACGGAUGAACAUGGCAACCCAGUUCAACUCACUGAUGAAUUUGGCAACCCAGUUCAUAUCACUGGCGUGGCCACCUCAAAACCUCUAACCCUUGGAACAACCGUAGUGCAAACUAAGGUGCCGGCUACUGGCCUCUUGGCCAGUAGUACUGGAACAGAUCACGCACCCAAGGGUCAGACCGGCGAGCAUGCCAUUGGCGGCGAUGAGGGAAAUCAUAGGAAAGAGGAGCAGCAGCAGGGUUCCGGAGAGAUUGAAAGAUCUAGCAGUUCAAGCUCUAGCUCGGUGAGAGACACAUAUUCCGAGGAUGACGGCCAAGGAGGGAGAAGGAAGAAGAAGGGACUGAAGGAGAAAAUAAAAGAGAAAUUAACAGGUGGGAAGCACAAGGAAGAGCACGGACACACAGUAUCGAGCACAACCACAGAAACCACCCCAGGCGGCAGAGAACACCAUGAGCAUGAGAAGAAGAGUGUGAUGGAGAAAAUCAAGGAAAAGUUGCCUGGCCAUGGCCACCAUAGCCACUAAAACUAUAUAUAUGAAGCUAGCUAUAUAUCGUGUGUCAAAACUGGGGGAUUAAUGUGUGCUUGUCUCGUUAAUUGGCUAGUGCAUAGAUGUUGGCUAGGGAGGAUUGUAAUAAUUUAUGGUCGAGUGAAAUAAUGCGGCUGCAUAUAUACUUAUAUCAUCAAUAUAUAUAAUAUAUAAUAUUUCAGUUA